CGGCCGCUCGUUGCUCUGAUACGCAACUCCCUUUGUCGCCCCUCAACCUCCCUACAAUCUCCACCAGAGCCUCAAGACACGAUGAGGAUCGCCUCCAAGCGGCUCGGUCGAGAGCUGGCCGACUUGAAGGCCAACGGGCCGCCCGAGGGCUGUGUCAUUGUGCAAGCAGAUGAUCUCUCCACCUGGUUCUUCAGCAUAGAGGUCCUAGGGGAGUCGGUCUUCAAAGGCGAGAAAUUUUGUCUCCGCCUGAAGUUCUCUGAUGGGUAUCCUAUCGAAGCACCUGAGGUCACGUUCUUGGUCCAGGACGGUUGGAAAGCACCAGAGGCGAGCCACUGCUACUCGAACGGCCACAUUUGCCUCUCUAUCCUCGGAAAUGAAUGGAGCCCGGUACUAAAUACCUCAAGUAUUCUGCUCAGCGUUCAAAGCAUGCUCGCUAGCUGCAAGAAAAAGGAAAGGCCACCCGACAAUGAUCGCUACGUUAAGCAUGCACCUCUCAGCCCCAAGGAUACAACAUUUGUCUAUCAUGAUGACACUGUCUGAGGUUUCUGCUCAUACAGUCGGCUUUCAAGGCAAUUCAGAAGGUCUAUGUCACGCUCUUGCGGAAGGGAGUGAUUAAUUCAGACAUCAGGCGCCCUAGGCUGGCAAAAGGAGGAUGGUCGAUUCACCGUGACCUUGCAUAAGGCUCUGCUCUAUUCAGCGCUUUCCGGCAUUCAAAGAACCUAUUAAGCGCUUACACAGGAGGGUUACUAUUGGAUCUUGAUUCGAAUGGGAUGCACCUAACGCUCCACUUUUUU